AAUAAAUAAAUAAGAUCCCAAAAUCAAAAUUUUAAUGUCCGAUGCGUCCAACAAAAGUCCAACAAAAUUUAAUUUAAUACAUCAUAUGUUCUAAAGAAAAUCGGGUACAUCAACGAGAGCAGCUCCGAACUGGAAUUGAAUUUUCCUGCACCAAAUCAAACAAAUAAGCAAAUAAUUUUUUUUCUAAAUGAUUAAUCUAAUGCAAGAAAAUAGCAACUAAAUCUGAUGCAGAUCCUUUAGGAUCAAUCUUCUGACAUAUCACUUAUUACUUCAUUUAAUGAAAGGAGAGAAUUUCAAAUCUACUGACAAAGGAGAAUGAUUAGGAGAGAAUGUUAGCAACUUGCUGCCUUGCUACCUACGCCACUUUCACAGCCAUCUUUUAUACAUAUAGAUACAAUCACUUUCACCACCCUAAUCUCCUCUUUCCAUACUGCCACUCCUCCAUAUUAGUUCAUUCACAAUCAAGUUCCAUCCCCACAAGUUGCUCCACUAAAAUCAGCAAGAAGUUUCAAGAACAUGGCUGAUAUUCUUCUUAUCUCAAUCGAAACAAAUUCAAGAAACCGAGAGCUCAAUCAAUUGAAUUACAGAAACUGAAUCUGCAAAAAUCCAGUGGGCUGCUCCUUUCGGUUCUACAAUUUCACAACUAAUAUUGUGUUAUCAAGGGAAUUGUUCUGUGAGACUCCAAUCCGGAAAGAGGAAAUACUCAAGUGCGAAGCGAACGAGAAGGUUUAUCCUACAGUCGAGGACAUUUUCCUUGAGUACUUCACAUUUGUGAUGCUGGUAGGAGAAGAUCUUGGGAUAUUUCUAGCACAGUUCAGGUGGCUCUGGGAGAGAGCGCACCCAUUUGGAGUGACUCACCAUGACGGUAUCCAGCGGCUUAUUAGGCUUCUACCCUCGGAUUGGGUAGGCUUUGCCAUCGACCGAUCCCGUGAUUAUAUAUUUCCUGCAGCCCCUUUAUUCGACCCUCAUGGUGAUUUUCCCGAGUUCAUUGGGGAGAUUCACUCGUGUUUUAUCCUACAUGGCCAGGCACCGAGGGGGCCAUAUAUGCGGCCGGGCGAUCUAGCCCCGGUAGGAGACCCAGGGGUCCCGCAGCCAGCAGACCUUCAGCCCGAGCCGGUCACCCCGCAGCCCGAUCUGAUUCUCCCACCUCUGCCCUCUCCACCGAGGCAUCGGGCUCGUGGAGAGUUUGAGGCUGGACCAUCUUGUCCCCCUUUGGGAGAGGAGGAGGACCCCUACCCAGCCAGCCUCGACCCUGCACCGAGCCUAGAGGGAGUAGGGUCGGCUAGCACCGAGGCGAGAGAGUUGCGAGCUGCAGCAGCUGAGAGGCGUAGGAGGGGCAAUGCCCCCGCCACUCUUUCAGACGAGGAUGAGUCAGUUGAGCAGAAGAUCAUAGUAGGCACCAGUCGCCUACAGCCACUGCCUAUUCCUUCUGAGACAUCUCCUGACACACUGCUAGGAGCGAUGAUUCCUACUAUUCCUAGUCACCACGAGUCUAUAUCACUGGAGCGUGGGCCCGUCGCAUGGGCUAUACGCCAUUGGGGAGCUGUGACCCGUGGACCACAUCCUCCGGGUAGCACUAUUGAGUCAGCUAUUCUCCUUGAUGAGAGUUCGGACGAAGAGGAGCCAGAGGAAGAUGAGGGGGACCCGGGGACCGGUGCGAGUACCAUUGCGACACCAGCCUGA